UAUCAGCAUCUUGCUCAGUGACACUUUCUCUGGAGGAGUCAGGGCUCGAACCAGCAACCUGCUGGUUAUUAGACCGCCACUCAACCUCCUGUAUUGAUUACUGAGUUACCUUUAAACCUGCAGGACGCUGACUGCAGCUGACCUCUAGACACAAACCACACCUGAUCGCUGCUGAGAGGCCAAACAGGAGACUUUAAAAGUCACUCACUGAAUGUGAAUAAAGUAGAACUAAACCUCCUCCGUCUCCUGUUUACAGCUGCAUGUCUCCAUGUUGUCCACCAGACGAGCUGCCAGCACCCUGCAACACCUGGACUCACCUGUGGAGACCACGUGGACUUUAUUCUUUCUUCCACAUCCACCUGAGCAGCUUCUCCAGACCAGACAGGAAGUGAACUUUCUUCUUCUUGGAGCGAAAGUCAACCAAUGAGCUAAGAAGGAGGGAACUGAGGAGCAGCUGGUAACCUUUAAACGACGCCUGCUGCCAGAAGCUGAGCUGCCUCCACAUCUGGGGAUAAAAUCCUGCGGGAGAAACAUGGGGCUCAGUGUUUUGUUCACGUGAAGUGGAAGAGCCAGGGAUCGAACCCGCGCCCCUGCGAUCAACAGGCUACCUGCUUCACCUGCUGGGCUACAGGAACUUCUUUCACGGCUCAGCUUUGUCCGCGUUAACUUCUUCACGUUUAUUUUCUAACUGUGGAGCUUCAGUAGGCGUCUGUAGCUUCAACAAGAAAAGAAUAAAGCAGGUCGCUGCACAAGAACAAAGAAAAGACUUUCCCUGGUGAAGCAAGUUGUUUCAAGUAUUUUCUAAAUCAAGUUUCAUGAAUCCGGAGCAAAACACGAUUCCUCUGAAGCUUUUAGAAAGAAUCGCAUCGAACUGGAAGAUGAAACCGGCUCCGACGGGUUUCACUAAACUUCAGACGAAGAACAACAGACAGGAAUCGAACCCACGACCUACGAAUUACAAGCCGCUCAUUUACCAGCUGAGCUUUCAGAGAUCAGAUGACUUGCACCCAGACUCAGGAGAGCAAACACCGAGUGCGACUCUGCGUCAUGGCUUCUCUUCAGUGUUUCAGUCUGAAGCCGGUUCGUGGAGAAGUUUCAGGUUUGUAAAGUUUGUUUCUCUGCAGGUUGAUGGAGGUGAAGUUUCUGCAGAGUCCUCCUUCAGCGUGGUCUUCCUCCUCUCUCUGCGUCCGGCUGUUCAUCACCCUGAAGAUGGUCCAGCGGGGACAGACGUCGCCUCGAAGCGUUGAGCGACAGCGUGGGUUCGAAUCCCACUAAAGGAAACACAACAACAUGCUGUCGCUCCUUCUUCACAGCUUCGUCUCCGUCUGUGUCGUCACAGCGCCAGCCCGUGUGUCGGCGGUCACCACGGAGACGGUGGUGGCCGGGAGGAAGGUGACGCUGCCGUGUCGUUCGGAGGCGGUGAGUCGGGGAGGAGUGGAGGUGUGCUGGGGGAGAGGACGGCCGUCACUGUUCAGCUGCCACAACACUGUGAUCAACGCCGCCGGAGAUCAGAUCACAUACAGGAGGUCACACAGGUACUCAGUGUCCUCCUCCUCUCUGUCCAUCGUUAACUCUCGACCGUCAGACUCUGGUUUCUAUCACUGCAGAGUUCAGCUGCCCGGCCUGUUCAACGACCAAACAUUCACCGUUCUCCUCAUCGUCAUCAACCCCCGCUCUGUGGUCUCUGACUCUUCAGCAACAGAAACCAGUUCCCAGGAUGCCGAGAACCUGAACGCACCACACGCGACAGGUGACACGGGACAGGUGACAGAGAGAGGAAGUGAUGUCACAGGGGACGACACCACGGGGCCAAUGGUGGCGCUGGUUCAGUCAUCCGUCCAGCAGCAGCAGGUCAACAGUCUGCAGAGCUUCAUUGGAAACACAGUGCGAGUGUCCUUCAUCACCUUCAUACCUGUACUGCUGCUGACUGCUGCUUACAGAGUUUGGCUGUAUAAACAGAGAUCAGAGACUGACAGGAGGCUGAACCAAUCAGAGGAGCAGGAGGACAGCUCUGUGUAGCGACAGACAGUCUGUACUGAGCACAACUGUCUGCUGGGAAACCCCCGUUUCUCUGCACGACCGACUGACUGUAGUCGAUGGCGUCAUCGUCCUCCUGUAAAAGCUGUUAUUUUGCUCCAUCGAUCCUCAUCAUAUACAUUUCACAACUAUCAAUAAAACAGAAACACACAAUCCUAACAACAACAAAGAGAACAAGAAAACAAAACACAUUGACCAAACAAGCUCAAAGUCAUUAUCUUAACAUCUUAAUUACAUACAUGUUCGCAUCUUCUCAGCCAAUAGAAGCUGAAACAUUUGUACCGUCCGAUAAUAAAGCUUCAGAUUUCCAAUUAA